AAUCAUGUUUGAACUCAGAUGGAAGAAGAUUUGGGAAUAACAUUUCUUUGCUGCAUUUCUUAAUUAUAAGGAAGUAUUCUUAUUACAGUUCAAGAAGAGUUUCAUUUGAGAAUCCUGAAAGAAGCUUCUCAAUCUUCUAACUGGCUAAAACAACAAGUUUAGCCUAUUUGUCAAAGAGUGAAGGAUGAAGUGGAGAUGCUGGCUGCUGCCAGUGGCUACAAUGCUGCUCCUCUGUGCAGCUAGAGCUGACAUGGAAAACCUCCAAGCUGAGAAUCUUAAUCUUCUUCCCAUAAAUGAACACCACAAGGUCUUGAACCGCAGAAUGAAAGUGUUGCCCAGAGACUGCUAUGAAAUGCUCAUGGCAUCUUCAGGAACAGCCAGAGAUGGGGUCUAUCUGAUCAAACCACAUGACUCCCCAGUUGUGGCCUAUUGUGCCAUGCAGGACGGAGGCUGGACCGUGGUUCAGCAUAUCACUGUCAACAGCAGUGUGGAUUUUGAUCGCACCUGGGAUGAGUACAAGAAUGGCUUUGGAGAUGUCACAGGAGAUCACUGGCUUGGGAACGAAUAUCUCUAUGAGCUCACUCGAGGCCCCGCCCGCUAUAAACUGGGAGUGAAACUCGUAGACAGAGAUGCUGUUACCAAGACUGGAGAGUAUGACCCCUUUCAAGUCGAAGAUGAAUCAACAGGCUACAGGUUGAGGCUGGGGUUAUUCCAGGGCACAGCUGUGGAUGCUCUGACCCUAGACACAGAAAAUUACCUUCACGACAACCAGAAGUUUACGACGAAAGACAGAGACAAUGAUAACUAUUUCCAAAACUGUGCCAAGCUGGAGUUUCAAGGUGUGCCAGGAGGGGGUUGGUGGUAUGAUGCUUGUGCUGGUGCAAAUUUGAAUCGCAGGAAUGUUAUUUACUGGCAAAAGGACUGCAACAAGGAGAAACUGUGCAAGUAUGCAUGGAUGAUGGUGAGACCAUCAGAAACUGUUAAAGUGAUUCACAGUGGACACUGCAAGAAUGAUGAGCUCUAAAGACAUUCUCUGAAUUUGCAUCAAAUCUGAGUGCAUAAGUAACAACACAGAUGGUGAUAAAUGUGCCUUUGUUGAUAAUAGGCACUGGCAUGAAUAUUUAUUUCCUCACAUUUUAAGAAAUACCUUCAACAACAACAAAAUACUGUAAGGAACCAAUAUUUUUCACAAACUUGAAGCACAGUAAAUAAAAAAAACAAAAAAACUUCUGUACAGUGUAGGCUAAACAUUUUUCUCCAGUUCACAUCCAUAUUUAUUAUCAGAGCAAAGAAUAUCAGUAACUCCCAAAAUUGUAGAAAAUUAAUUGUGUAAGAUAAUAGCUUAUACUUCAAGAAAAUAAAUUCAGUAAAAAAAAAAUUCUCCACAGUAUGUUACAGGUUGGCCAGAAAUGCAGGAAAUAUAUGACUUAGCAGCAUUUUGAAUAAAAAGUAGUUUUUGAUCCCAGUGAAAAACCUAAUCCUGAGGAUGACAGCUAUAAAAGUUGGUAUUCCCCAACCUUCUUCCUACUGUAAACAUUGACAAUAAAAGCAAGUCAUUUAGAGUGAUCUACAAGUUUGUCUUAAAAAGCAUCCUCAGUAUGACAAGUGGGAUGUGGAACUAGUAAAGCUGAAUUUAUAUUUAAUUAUCUGACAAAGCCAAGAGACAAGCAUGUAAAGGCUUGUAAUAAUCAAGAACUUAAUGUGCAAAUAAUAGAACAUGUAAAACAUUAGCCCUUUAAAAUUAAAUCUAAGUAGCAAUACAAUAUUAAAAAGUUAAAAAGUUAUCGGAUUUCAGGUUGCCAAAUUGCGUCAAGCCGCUAAUAUGUAACAAAAUGCACAUCAUGCCUUGAUUAUGACUCUGAUGGGCAAUGUGAUUUUAUUUUUAAGCUUAUUUACAAUGUCACAUUUACAGUUUCUCUCAAGUAUUUCAACUUCUCUUCUCCAACUUUUUCACAAUUUGUCACAUUACAACCAAAACACUGUUUUUUGUGGGAUUUUAUAUGACAAGAAGUUCACGUAAUUAUGUCUUGGAUUGGAUAAGGUUUGAUUCCUGGUUCUUAGACCAUAAUGGAGUCAUGUGGGUUGCAGCAGACCAUUGUGGAGAAAACUAACACCACACAUCAUCCUGAACACAUCAUUCCCAUGGUGAAACAUGGUCAUAGCAGCACUAUACUAUGGGGAUUAAUUAUGUUUUUUGGAAGUCAAAUGGAGCUAAAUAUAACUCAAUCCCAGAAGUAAGCCUAUCAUAGACUACAAAAAAAAAAAAAAAGAAAGAAAAAAGAAUAAACAGAAAAAACUGCUUGGAGCAGAGGUUUACCUUCUGGGAAAACGAUGACCUAAAACAUGCAACCAGAGUUACAGUUGAAUUGUUUAGAUCAAAGCAUAUUAAUGGGUUAGAAUUUCUAAGUCAAACUACAGAUCUGAAUCCACAAGACGCAUUUUGGCAAGAAUUGAACACUCAUGUUCAUUGGUACUCUCUUUGACUUUUGAGUUCAUUUGAAUGUGCAUAAAUUUCCAUCUCUUGAAUUAUUGAAUGUUUCAUUAUUGUUGAAACAUUCUCCAAAAGACUAUUAUAAUAGUCUUUCUCCAAAAGACUAUUAUAAUAGCAAAUGUUGAAAAACUAAUGCAUGCUACAAUUUUUAUUUUUUUAUUUGUUAAAACAUUGUCUUUCCGCCUUACCAUUACAAAUUGUUUUGUCACCUUCCUACAAAACAUCCCAAUGGAAAACAAUGGAGUUUGCAGUUAAAUGACAAAAUGUGAAAAAAAAUUAUGUUUGUUUAACACUGGAUAUAGUCAUUCUUUUUGAAGGAUAUUAGAAGCAGUUACUCUUCAUGACACCAGAUGA